AUGGCUCCUACUUUGUCCUCCGCAAACCUCAUCCUUGCGUUUUUUGCCCUCCUAACUUCUUCUCGGGCGGCGCCAUCUCCCUCUGUGCCUGCUGAAACUGCAGUUCCCUCUUCCAAGACCGCUGCAGGAGCUCCCCUGUUCCAUAGCGAGACACUUCAGUCGACGGAUGGCGUGCUCACCAAGCUCAACCUCCAGAAUAACACAAGCCUCUUUGCUUUUGGUAGCAAUUCUAGCUCAUCCAAAUUGAGCUUGGGCGACAGCGGCGCCUGUAAGGUCUUUCCCGGUGACUCGGAGUGGCCAUCCACUUCCACCUGGUCACUCUUCGACCGGCUUCUCGGCGGUGCUUUGAUUGAGACGGUUCCUUUGGCAUCAUCCUGUUUUUCAUCAUGGCCAGAAUACGACAGCGCCCAGUGCAACCUUGUCUCGAAUAACUGGACUGAUUCCAACCUCCAUGCCGCUGACCCGGCCUCAAUUAUGUGGCCGUUGUAUGAGGGUCGGACGUGUCUACCCACUGAUGACACAUCCGGUACCUGCACCGUGGGCGGCUACAGCAAAUAUGCCGUCAAUGUAAGCUCGGUCGCUCAAAUCCAGCUGGCUGUUAAUUUUGCUCGUAACACUGGCAUCCGCCUGGUUGUCAAGAACACUGGCCAUGACUUCAACGGCAAGUCUACCGGUGCCGGAGCUCUCGGCAUUUGGACCCAUAACCUCAAGGAUAUUCAGUAUCUUGAGAAUUAUCAAGGUCAGGGAUACAGUGGUCCGGCCGUGAGGAUGGGUGCCGGUGUCCAGGCCACUGAGAUUUAUGCAAAGGCUAAGGAGCUGGGUUUCACUGCAGUCGGUGGUGAAGGCAAGACUGUCGGCGUCGCGGGCGGUUACGUCCUUGGUGGUGGUCACUCGCCCAUGUCGAGUAUCUACGGCUUAGCUGCAGACCAAGUGCUCGCUCUGGAGCUUGUCCUCGCAAAUGGACGCUUUGUGACCGUAACGGAAGAAACCGAUCCGGAUCUCUUCUGGGCUCUCCGUGGUGGCGGUGGCAACACCUACGGUAUUGUCACCUCGAUCAUUUCUCGUGUGCACCCCAAGGUUGGCGUGACAACAUCAACCUUCAGUUUCUCCACCGGCGGCAACGUCACCGUCGACACCUUCUGGGCCGGUGUCCGCGCCUACUUGGAUCGGUUCGCAAUUAACGCUGACGCCGGCACCUACGCCUACUUCUGGGUGAUGUCCACCGGAACCAACUCAUUUUCGUUUCUCAUGAACCCCUACUUCGCCGUCAACCACACCGUUUCUGAGUUCAAUGCUUUGAUGAAGCCAUGGUUCGACGAGCUCAACCAUUUGGGCAUCCCAUAUACUCCCGACACGAAGUACCAUGACAACUUCUACGACGCCUGGGACGCUGUUUUUCCUCUUGAGACUGUCGCCUCCUCGACGAUGGUGACCGGUUCACGUCUGUUCCCCCGUGCCAAUUGGGAAGAUGCCAGUCUUCUUAACGAGACUUUCAACGCCCUAAAGACUACCGUCACUGCCGGAUACCCGCUCCUCGCCUUCAACAUGAAGGCUGAACUGCCAGAGGGUUACCCGGAGAGCUCAGCUAACCCAGCCUUCCGCCAGACGCUCAUGCACGCCAUUACCUCGGCGAGCUGGACUGCUAACUCCACGAACACCCAGAUCCUCAACCAGAUGGAGCAUUUCGCCAAUAACGUCCUUGGGAUCUGGCGCAAGACCUGCCCUGAGGCGGGUGCUUACAUGUCGGAAGCGAACAUUCUGGAGCCAAACUUCCAACAGUCGUUCUACGGCUCGAAUUAUGAACGCCUGUACCAACUCAAGCAAAAGUAUGAUCCCUCGGGAUUAUUCUAUGCCCCUACCGGAGUUGGUAGUGAGGACUGGACGGUGAAAAGCCAAGAUGGUCUUCCCGACCAGAACGGCCGGUUGUGCCGUGUCUGA